GACUGCGAGGAAGAGAGGCCUCCGAAGACCCCCACUUGCCUCGGUUCCAUCGUCUUCAGGACUCACAGGGUCUUCAGAAGAGCGCCGCUGCCAGCACCACCAGUGCCACCGGGGCAACCCAGUACAAGAACCAGCGGGGGCGCAGGGAGAAAGGAGGCCACAUCGCAGCUGUGUCCACCCUGAACCAAGGUGAGGAGGAGUUGGGAGGCUCACACCGAUUCACCUGGGGAGAUUUUGUCAACCCCCCCCCCCAGGGAUGACACUCGGGGCGAUACCCCCCCCCCGCACCCCACCUUCCUCCGCCAGUGGUGGCAGGGGAGUCCCUAAGGGACAUUUCCUUUUUGUUGUCCUUCCACAGGUCUUAAUCCUUGUGGUCCAAACUGGAGAGGAGGAAUAAAAGAUCUGAGCGCGGAGGCAAGCGGGGCGAGAAAUGUAGGGGGAAACCCAACCCCACAUGGCCACCCCCAGUCCUAG